AUCUCGUCUCUCUCCCGCCGCAAAGCCACCACGUCCAGAGUCCACACUCCCUACACCCGUCUGCGCACGGCUGGCUGCCCUUUCCGCAUCCUGCCCGCCGACCCUGUCUGAGCGUGGCGUCGUUUGUGCUCCAGCACUCCCUGAUUCAGCCCGACAUCGUCUGUCGCCCGUGAUGUGGCUGCCCUCGACCUUCACUGCUCAACUCCCCCCCUCGUACUCCCCCCACCCCGUGCCAGCCCUAGGAUCCAUUGAACCCGACCAGGCGCCAUCGCCCAGCAGCAGCCUCACGCGCCUCUGCGCCUCUAGCGCUGUCCCUGCUGCCAUUCUCGUGCUUGCGCGCCGCUCAUGCCAAUGGGACGCCGCGCCGAGUGCCAUCUCUUCCCAGCACCUGUGUCGCACGUCUGUCUUGAAAGUCGGCCCGCCGCCCUUCACCACGUCCCUCCCGCGCUGACCUGGCUCUGACACCACCUGCGUGGCUGCCCGGACCGUUCUGUGCACUCUGAAAAGCCUCAUCAAUCGUGCGAAGCGUGGCCGUUA